CGUCAACGGGUAAACGACAGGUGACGUUUGUUUGAAAAAUAUACAGGUGACAAAAACCGAGCGCAAAUUGGAAAAAUCACACAAACUAUUUUAAAAUCCAUAUUCACAAGUGCAAAAUGAUGAAUAUUAGUGUGUAUGCUUUUUUCUCCAGUGUUUAAAUAAUGAGUGUAUAUUUUCUGUAUUCUACAUUUGUGGUUUGAUACUAAGAUGUAUACUUUAAAAGGCAUAUUCCCCGAACCAAAAAAGGAGCAAAAAAGGAAUUUUAUUCGAGAGAAUAUGAAGCAACUUAAGUUUAUUCAGGGUAAAUCACCCAAAGAGCCAAGAUUUAUGUUGAAGAAUGUCCAGGGUGCUCGUUUGGGCAAGCCCAUGGGUGCAGGCAGUUCCCUCGGGCAAGUUAAAUCUUCACCAUCUAACAAAAGUGGGAAAAUUUCACUAAAUGUAGGAAAAACUAGCUCUACAAACUCGCGGAAGAAGUACCCAGAUAUUCGGAUAAAGAAAGGUGACAUGGCAGAAUUUCUGAAACGAAAAGAGCUACGACAAAUGAAGCAAGCUGAAGACUCACCUGAGGAAGAGAUACAAUCAACUGAAUCCUCAGGUCGAUUGCGAGAUGUGGGCUGUCAAACAAUUGAGCAAAACUUGGCACAAAAGUUGUCAGAAAGUGCAAAGUUAACAGUUUUGUAUCCAAAGAAGGAUAGUGAUGAGGACGCUACAAUGAAAGCUAGCGGAGACAGUGGACAGCAUCGAAAUGAGUCUCAGUCUCCUCCACACAGGACUGGGGAGGAGUUGAUUGAAAUGGAGAGGAAUCGCAGUCGUAUCAAUUCUAUUUUGGAAAGGAAAAAGGAUAAUAAGGAUCCUUAUCUUCCAUCAGGUUAUCAAAAAGGUGUAGUUCCGAAGUACCUCCGUGAACGUAAGGAGGUCUCUAACAAAGAAACUGAAAGUCCAAAGGUUGAUGAUGACCAGGUGAUCUGCCCUCCGGGACAUGUCACUCUGCCUGAUACAGAGCGGAAAGAGACAUUGCGCAUGCUUAGAAAUAGUUUUGCAGAGUUAGUAAGUGAACUGAAUAAAAUGCCAGUCAAGACUGACACAUUGAGAAUGAAAAAUAGGAAAAUGGAGCUUGAAAAACAGCUCUCCAAACUAGAAGAGGGCAUAAAGGUCUUUUCUCGUCCCAAGGUGUUUGUCAAAAUCGGAGAAUAACUAGCCCACUGCUGGGCCGAGUCUCCGUUUGUCCCAUGAUUAACAGGGUUUUAAAAAAUCUCUUGUACCGUCCAAAUUAAAAGUAUACUAAAUUUUUGUGAUGUUCCUAUAAAUAAGUUAAUUUUGUUCUUAAAUAAUAUUAGUAGAAUAAUGUUAUAUGUUAACUGUUGUUGUGAAAUAUAAUAAUAUGUCCUUUGUA